AUGACAGAGAGUACGAACCGCGAUCCAGACGUCCCUCUUGCGCAGCCACCAAGCUACCAGGCCUCAGCAUCGUCGACCCCGGGAGCCACGGGGACCAACGUGCAAAACCACUCCCGUGUGGCGGCUGCAACACGCUCAGCAGACACACAGAAGCCUCAAUUAGAUACUACCUCGGAUAAAUCCACGGCAGCAUUCAUUCGGCGUACUCUCUGCUCCCACAAUGUGCUACUUGGCAAUGGCGAGAAAGGACGCAGUACACCUCGUCCUAUUGAAGACGUAUUGCCACCCUUGACGAGCUCAAACGAGGUCGACCUUCAACUAUACGGCAUCAUCUCUGUUAUCAUCAAGGAGUUUGUACAGACGUGGUACUCGAAGAUAACUCCCGAUCAAGUAUUUGUCAACGAAGUGAUCCAGAUUAUCGCUCAUUGUACGCGAGGUCUGGAGCAGCGCCUCAGAAAAGUCGAUCUCGAAUCACUAUUGCUAGAUGAGAUACCUGAGCUACUCCAAGCCCACCUGACCUCAUUCCGAAUAGCGAAGACUCAAGCCGCCUCGUCAAUUUCACUAGUAUCAGAUCCUCGUCUGAUAUAUCAUACGCUCCACCCGCACCCUGCACUAUCACCUGUGCCUACCGAUGAUGCUCCGGCGACAGUCCUUGAACAGCGGGAAAGCGAGUCGGCGUGGCGCCAACUACUCAUACAUGGCGUGCUAGCCCUGUUGCUACCGACAGAAGACUUAAAAAAUGGGUGUCUACGCGCCCUGGUAGGCGAAAUAUUCGCAGAGAUGAUCCUUGGAAACGGCAUUAGCGGAAAAGCCUGUGAAGGAUGGGUGCUAUGGGAGGGCAUCACAAGGAUAGCUGAGGUUUUACAGACCGAUGCUGCGAAAGAGAAGGAUUCCCAAUCGGACGAUGCCGAUGCGGAGCAGUCGUUGACCCGUCUUGAGCGUUACGGGCUGCUGUCCACGCAUCAAGGGGUGGGUGAAACCAAUGGUGUAUUGGACAGAUUCCUCGCUCAUGCUUUCCACACGCAGAUCUUGAACCCCGCUUUCCUUCCCGUGGCGCUUCGGACUCUUCGUGCAACACUCUUCCCUAACAACGCGCUCGGGCCCCCACGUCAGAUUCCAACGUAUGAGGAAAUCAAGGAGAUCAAGCGCUGCUGUGCCGCCAGACUACUUGACUUAGUACCACCGAAAGUAGCAGCCGCUUUCUUUGCGAGCUACGAGCGCGAUGAGCAGGUUCGACAGAUCGCAAACACACUAGACUGUCUCGAUGACGCUUAUCUCAACAAGCACCUCGUUUUUCAGAUCGUUGAGCUGAUUGUUCUGCGCCUGUUUCCGGAGUUGGGAGAACAAGGCGUAAAUGAUCUGUUGGAGGAGCGCAUUAGCUGA